CAGGCUAUUGCGAUUACAUAUUUCUACGGAGUUGCCCUCAGAAAACCUUAUUUUACUCGCAAAUUUUGUCAUGAAAGUGUAUGCCUCAGUCUGGUUUUCAAUCAAGACACAACCCAGUAUUCAAUAUGGUUCCCUGAUUAAAUUAAAACUAUUACUAAUCGAGUGAUUUCCACAAAUGCUUACUUCGUCCACACAGAGAACAUUCUCUUAGCAAUGAUAACAGAUGAAAGGGUGCAUAUAAGAGAACUAGGAAUAAGACGUAUCUUAAAAGCGAGGCAAACUCCAACAAGACUGAGAACAUUCAGAGUUCCAAAAAUAAAUUUCGAAGCUCAAGAUUACACCAAGACCAUACACUGGAGUGAGUGCAAUGUGACAGAGCCUCCUCCUCUGACAAAACAAAUAAAUGACCAGGUUCUAGAGCAGGCAAUAGAAAAUAAAUCCUUCAUAUUUCCGUCAACGAUCGAAUUUCCAUGUCACACACAAGCAGUCAAGCGCUGUGUUAAAUUAGUGACUGAAGCAUCUAGUAAAGUAUGUGGUUCCAUCUCGAGAGAUUCCUACAUUCGGGUCAAACUAGAGGCUAGCUAAAUUCA